AUGUUCUCUUCUUCCCUCCGGCGGGUAGCCCGCGCGGUAUCACAACCGCCCACUGCCUCGUUCCUCCCCUCCUCCGCAGCUCCGCCAGCGGUCUCCUCCCAUAUACUCAGUUACCACUCUCGCCGACACUCCUCCUCUAAUCCCUCUAGGCCAGCCGAUGGCUCCAGUGGAAUAAACGAGAUAGCGGCAGCUCCGGCAAAGUCGAAACGGUCCAAAAAGGUGGCGAAAGACGUUGCGAAGGAUGCUACAGUCAAGGGUAGAGAUGAGGCAUACGCACAUCUACCCAGUGUGCCGAGUACGCAUCAUAUUGCUCCUAUGCAAAUCAGCGCAUCCGCCUUCUUCGCUCUCCACCGCCCCAUGUCCCUCACGCAGAGCAUCCCAAGGAUAGUAACAGACGCCGCUUUCGCCUCGAUCUUCACGGCCAAGACCAAAGCAAACAAAUCUUCCCAAUUCAUCCCACUGAUCUCGGAAGAUCAUGACAACUAUCACAACCUAGCGAUGUCCUCCCGCGGAAUAGGAGAGGUCAAAAUUGAGGUGCACGAAGAAAAGUGGAACCAAGAGACAGACGAUGUUCGAGCUGGUAUAACACCAGAAUCGUACCGCCAGCUCUCUGCGGAGACUACGAACCUGGACCCAACUGCGGAGGAUAGUUCGGUUAAUUUCCCGAAACACCUUCUCGUAGGGCGCUACAAGCCAUUCCACCCUCCUGCCCCUCCGACGCCGCAAAAUACGCCCGAGUCCUUAGCAGCAGGCGCAGAAGCCGCGCAAGAAAUCCAAGCAGAGCUCCCGCAACCGAGGAUAUAUACCGCCAUGCUCACAAUCGAGGAGUCGACGGACGCCAACGGCGACGUCACAUACAUGGCGCACUCAUCCCCGCUCAUCGAAGACGCGCCCAAGGCGGGCCCGCAGAAGUUCCUGGAGCGCAUGAAACAGCGACAGGAACAGUAUCGAAUACAGCGAAGCGAGGAGACUGAUAUGCUGGCGAUUAGUGUGAAGAGGCAGCGCAAGCUGAAGAUGAAGAAGCACAAGUACAAGAAGCUGAUGCGGCGGACGAGGAAUCUGAGGCGCAGGUUGGACCGGAACUAG